CAGCUGGGCGUCUGUACACGUCACAGUCUAACCCGGAAGUGCAGUGACAGCUCGUGAAAAUCUUCAUCCCUUUCGUGGAACAGCGAAACAAAGCUUGCCAAGAAGCUCAGGCAGACAUGCAGUACUGACAAACCUACUGACAGAGAGAACUGACGGACAGAGUCCAGCUGGCGAGUCAUGGCAGCAGCGAGCGGAACAGAUGUGCGGGGGACUUUGAUCUAGGGUGCCCACAGCUAUUUUGGAGUCUGGAUAUCCUGCUACACUGGAUUCAUCUCUCUGCAGCUCUCUGUAUGGCCGGUGCCGUUUAAAAGGCAGCCAGCUUGACUGAUUAUUGGCCCUUUCUUCCCCUACACGCCCCAUACCUCCUCACCCCCACCUGGCUGGUGCAUUGGCCUUAUUCAGGUCAUCUCUUCAUCAAGGCUGGCAAUGUCCAGAAUCCCAAGCCCCCCUCCCCCAGAGGAAAUGGCCAGCGGUCCUGUAGCUGAGAGCUGGUGUUACACUCAGAUCAAAGUAGUGAAGUUCUCCUACAUGUGGACCAUCAACAACUUCAGCUUCUGCCGUGAGGAGAUGGGAGAGGUCAUCAAAAGCUCCACUUUCUCCUCAGGAGCCAACGACAAACUCAAAUGGUGUUUGCGUGUGAACCCUAAAGGUCUGGAUGAGGAGAGUAAAGACUAUCUGUCACUUUACUUGCUCUUAGUCAGCUGCCCAAAAAGUGAGGUGCGCGCCAAGUUUAAGUUUUCUAUCCUCAAUUCCAAGGGAGAAGAGACCAAAGCCAUGGAGAGCCAGAGAGCGUACCGUUUUGUCCAGGGGAAGGACUGGGGUUUCAAAAAGUUCAUAAGGAGGGACUUCCUGCUGGAUGAGGCCAACGGUCUGCUGCCCGAUGACAAAUUAACACUUUUCUGUGAGGUGAGUGUGGUGCAGGACUCUGUGAACAUCUCCGGCCAGAACACAAUGAACAUGGUGAGGGUUCCUGACUGCAGGCUGGCUGAGGAGCUUGGAGAUCUGUGGGAAAACUCUAGAUUCACUGACUGCUCCUUGUGUGUCACCGGCCAGAAAUUCCAGGCGCACAAAGCCAUCCUAGCAGCUCGCUCGCCGGUGUUCAGUGCCAUGUUUGAGCACGAGAUGGAAGAGAGUAAGAAGAAUCGUGUGGAGAUAAAUGACGUGGAGCCAGAUGUCUUCAAAGAGAUGAUGUGCUUCAUCUACACAGGCAAGGCCCCCAACCUGGACAAGAUGGCUGAUGACCUGCUGGCUGCAGCUGACAAGUAUGCUCUGGAGAGGCUGAAGGUGAUGUGCGAGGACGCUCUGUGCACGAGUCUGAGUGUGGAGAACGCCGCAGAGAUCCUCAUCCUCGCCGACCUGCACAGCGCCGACCAGCUCAAGACGCAGGCUGUGGACUUCAUCAACUAUUUUUCCCCCCACUUUCCUCUACUCUGUAUCUCCUCUCUUUGCCCUCUUCUCUCAGUCACGCAGCUGAUGUGAUGGAGACAUCGGCGUGGAAGUCCAUGGUGAUCUCUCACCCACACCUGGUAGCAGAGGCUUAUCACUGCCUGGCCUCGGCUCAGUGCCCCUUCCUAGGUCCCCCAAGAAAACGACUCAAACAGUCCUAGUGGUCCGGAGAGACUCUCCUGUCAUAACCCUGCUGUGUCCAUCGGUACCGGCAACCUCACUGCUCCUUCUUCCCAGUCCCGCUCUCUCUCCUACAGCAUCCUGAGACGCCCAAGAUUGAAACCCAAGGUUAGAUAUGUCAAGGGGGAGCUACUGAGCUGGACAGACCGGAGAAUUACAGGAUUGCUGCCACAGAGGAGGUACUAGCAUCUCUGUAGGUGGGAAUAGGUUGAACUCUGAAAGACCUAAACCUGGAUAUUUAUGGAUUGCAAACUCAAAGGCUUGCCUAUUCCAUAUAUCCUUUGUAUACGAUAUUGGAAAGCUAGAACCAUAUUCUGCAAGUCAGACACGUAAAGGGCUGAUCUUCUGGUUCGGAAGGAAAGGUCAAUGUUGAGUCUGUGUAAAUAGAAUUUUGUGGCAUAUUGUUUUGUACAGUGGCUUGAAUGUUAAAGCCCAAAGUGUGCUUGUAUAAGACAAAGAGGAUCAACCCACAGAAGACUGUUGUUCCCAUUGUUGAAGAUUUAAACAGUGCUCGUACAAAGUAUUGUUUUUCUAGCGCACAAACAAUUCUCAAAAAGAAUACAAAUCUGAACAUGUUUUAAUGUUCACUAUUUAGCCUGUGCCUUAAACCGGGAAAACACUGUACAGAUUAAGACUGGUCGCCCUCAACUCUUAGAAUCAGGCCAAAUUUGAUGUGAAGUUUGACUUGGAUCCAGAUGCCAGAUUAAUCAACGAUCUGGCUGGCAGACAAUUUGGUUGGAUUUCUGUCAUGUCCGAAACUUUGCUCGGCUUUUUUGCAGUUUGAGCAGAUCCAUAAUCUGAUUUCCCUCAUGGCUGCUGUCAAACUAUCCAUUAUAAACUGUUGUGACCUUGAUUUUAUAUUAUUGGAGAAGUUUUUUACAUUUUGGGACUAUAGUCUUGACUGAGACUCCUGGGAUAUAAAAAUGAACUUUUCUGCAGAAUAGACAGACCAUAUUGUCUGCGUCUUCCAGCCAUCUACAGCUCUAUGUUUUUCUUUUCUUCCCCUUCUUCUUCAGUUCAUAGUAGAAUUGCAUAAAGGAAUGCUGGCUUUCUCUCUUUUUGUCAUCAUUGUUGAGGAAGCAGUCUUCUUGUUUGAAUAAUUUUUUGGGAAGUGUCACUGUACAAAAUCGGGUUCCAUUCUUAAAUUCAACAUAUGCAGCCGCUUUGUGGCUGUUCUGUUGAUCCCUACAGUGUGAGCAUAAGUAGCAGGUUCUGGCCCUGCCAGCGGGCAGAUUACAUUGAGUAGUGUUGAGUUAACACAAUGUAGAAGAUUAAUAAAAAUGCACAGUUUCUGCCUAGCUUAAAAAAAAUGUAUCAAAGAAACCGAUCAAGAAAAAAACCCCUUUUUACUUACCUGUUACCACAGAAUAUUCUCUAUGACUGGAACAAUGUUUUGGCUUCUAAACCUUUAAAAUACAGAUGUUUUUAAUUUUGUCAGCA